AUGGAAAAGGAAUUUGCUAUAGAGAAUAACAAGUGGUUGGCUAACUUAUUUGGUUUGAAACAUGUAUCGGCCAGGGCAUACGUUAAACAUGUGUGGUCGGCUGGUAUACGUACCACACAGCUUAUUGAGAGCUUCAAUGCUUACUUAAAACAGUACUUAGCGAGACAAUAUGCACUGCCAGAGUUUUUCAAGCAUUUUGAAAUGCUUUUGUUCUACAAGCGAUACAAGGAGUAUGCAGCUAAGUAUGACUUGCUGCAUAAGAUGCCCAGGCUGAAAGCAAGGUCUCCUAUUUUAGAUCAAUUAAUGGUAGCUUGCAUGAGUGAAAAUGUCCGGAAGUGCAACAACCUUGGUAAUGGGGUUUUUUCAUAUGAAGUUACGGUUUAUAAUGAUAACUUCCAUAAGCUCGUCGCAAGGACACAUGACGACUUAUUAUCAUGUUCAUAUGGAAAAUUUGAAAUGGAGGGUAUCAAGUGCAGCCACACUUUGAAAGUCCUUAAAGAUGUUAUGUAUGCCAAUGAAAUACCCAGCCACUAUAUUUUAAAAAGGUGGACCAGAAAUGGCAAGGAUGGCAGGGUGGAAGACAUACUUGGCAGCGAUGUUAUUACAAAUCCUAGAUUAGAAAUUAGGCGACAACACAGGAUCCUUUGUCGUUAUCUAAGUGAAAUUUCUGCCAUUGCAUCAGUGAGCGAGAAGGAAUUCAAUAAUGUUUUGGUGCAGGUGAAAAGUUUGAAGAAGAUUACUCAAGGAGCACAACCUAAUCCUAGGCCUGCAUGUAACCAAACCGCACGAGCCAAUGCCAUGGGAAACAGCUUUACAAAUAUAAAGCUAAAUAUUCAUGCGCAAACCAUAGAAGGAUUGACUCCAAAAGGGAUUGCCACAAAACAUACAUUGAAAGGAAGAAGAUAUAGGCUCAUACCUGCUUUGGAGAGAGCCACUGCGAAGAAGAGAAAGGCCAUUGUGCCAAGUCGCAGUCGUACUACGACAACCCCUACGUAUAUUUUAAACAAUGGUGCUGAAGUACCAGUAGAGUUUUUCUGCUCCGAUGAAUGUUAUAUGCCAACAUGUUCAACACAGGGCCACGAAUGGGAUAACUAUCUGGCUACUUAUUUUGGUUAG